AUUAAUGAGAAUAAAAAAAUGCCUCUGCCGAAUAUCCUGAGGAAGGCGAGCAACUAUAUCCUGGGGGAGAGCCCGCCAGAUCGAAAAAUCCUGUAUCAAGACGGUGAAGCACUUUUCUGUAAGAAUAAUGUGUGUGUACAUCCACCGAUGCGACAGCACUGCGACGUGGUGCACCAUCCGGGUUAUCUGACGAUUACCUGCAGAAUCGGUGAGUCAACGGAGGUGCCGACACUCCACCUCUCGUGGAUCCCCAACAGCACCCUGAGAAAACAUCCGACGACACUCGAGAACCUGACACCCAAAAGAAGUAUCCCCUCCGAGGGUAAUCCCCUGCAGGGCAAGAUCACCGAAGAAGAGGGGAAUUCCGAGAAAUUGGAUGUGUGUCUGGAGGUGAAGGAGCCCGUCGACUGCAGGGACUGCGAGAGAAUCUGCUCAGGGGGUUGUUUGGAGGGAAGCCAGAGGCUGGCUAAUUCCAACGAGAAGGGCGAUGCCCUGAAGAUGCCAGAUGAAGAACCCAGAGAACCGAACAAAAAUGAGGAUGAGGGGAUAAUCCUGAAUCGAUUGAGAUCAGAGUCCAUCGACUCCGGUACUCUCGACAAUUCCUACGCGCAUUUUGUGACGAACAAGAGCCGGAGCAUGUCCCUCAACUCGUGCAAUCUAUCCCUCAACAGUUCUGAUCAUGAUUUUCCCACGUGGAUGAGAUCUCCGGAGUUACUGGCACUCCAGCAUAAUCUGACCUUUCCGGAGAGUGCAACGGCAUCGCCGGUGACUGUGAGAAGGGCUCACGCCUGCAGAAGGUUUUCCGUGGAUCUGGGACAGAUGAGAUCGUUGAGACUCUUUUUUGCGGAUCCAGGGUGCACCAGUGGACAGCUGGUGGUCGCCUCGAGAGAGAGUCAGUACAAGAUUCUGCAUUUCCAUCAUGGAGGACUGGACAGGCUGGCGAAUACUCUGCACCAGUGGCAUCAGCUGCUCUACCCGAGGCCCGAGGAGGCGCCUGACACCGAGGGAUCUCUCCCCUACAGGCAUUUUAUGGUAUGCAGACCAGAAGUGGCACGUGAUGAACUGCACCCUGAGGAGGGACAGGUGCCCAUGAUCACAUCCCUCGCGUGGAAAGAUCUGUUGAAUGAGCGGGGACAGGUGGAGGAUGAUCUCGCCCUGAGGAAGGGCAUCUUCUUCGGUGGACUCGAACCCGCACUCCGGAAAAUUGUGUGGCCCUUUCUUCUUCAUUGUUACUCUUAUCAGAGCACCUUUGAGGACAGGGAACAAAUUGACGCCAUUAGGAGGAUCGAGUAUGAGGAAAUUGAAAGACGCAGGUGCUCGAUGAAUCCGGAGGAGGCUGAGAUGUUCUGGAGAAAUGUCGUUUGCAUCGUUGAGAAGGAUGUCGUCAGGACCGAUCGGGCUAAUCCGUAUUAUGCGGGGGAGGAUAAUCCCAAUAUCAGGGUGAUGAAAAACAUCCUUCUGAAUUAUGCUGUUUACAAUGCUCACCUCGGCUAUACCCAGGGUAUGUCAGACCUUCUGGCCCCUCUCCUGGCGGAGUUGAACUCCGAGACCGAUGCAUUCUGGUGUUUUGCCGGUUUGAUGCAACGAUCUGUAGCUGUCUGCACACCAACCGACACAGACAUGGACAAGAACUUGUGUUACCUCAGGGAAUUGAUAAAGCUGAUGGUCCCGGAUUUUUACGCUCACCUGGAGAGACACACGGAUGCCCUCGAGCUUCUGUUCUGCCACAGGUGGAUUUUGUUGUGCCUCAAGAGAGAAUUCCCAACAGAGACUGCACUUGUCAUGUGGGAGGCCUGCUGGGUCAAUUACUUGACCGAUUAUUUUCAUUUAUUCCUCUGCUUGGCUAUCAUGUGCAUUUACGCUGAUGAUGUUAUUGCCCAGGAUCUCAGGACCGACGAGAUGCUCCUGCAUUUCAGUUCACUCGCUAUGUACAUGGAUGGCAAUGUUAUUGUCAGGAAGGCUAGGGGUCUGCUCUAUCAAUUUAGACAGCUUGAUCGUCUACCCUGUACUCUCGCUGGAUUGUGUCGACAGUGCGGCCCUGGAAUGUGGGACAGCAGUCACAAUCCUGUUAUCGAAUGCAUCGAUCAUCAGGAAGGGAGCUGCCCCUUUUUGGAGAAAUAUCAGGGCCUUAAGUAUUAAUAUUAUCAGGUGCCGUCUACAGUCAAUCAUCAAUUUUUUUAAUAAUACCAGAAGAAUUGUUUCUUUUUGCUUUUUUUUAAUCCGUUGCGACCACACUUGGUCGAAUACAGAAUGAAUAAUUUGAGGCGGAGGAUAUCUUUUUUUAUGAGGAUUAGACGUGCUUUUUUUAUAAUUAUAGCAGUUUUUUUACUGGAGUUUUUAAAAAACAGUUCUAACAAUUGAAAAUGAAAAAUCCAGUUCAGACUACAGACGAUUUAAAAAUAUCAAUUAUUGAAAUUGUCAAUUGAAUUGGAGAAGAUUCGGGAAAACUCCCGCUUUUUAAUUAAUUUAUAAAUCUUUUCAAUUUUCAAUUGUUGUCUAUAACGUGAUGAAAUUUUAAUGACAAUAUAAGUUCGCAAAUCGUGAAGUGUGAUAAAUGGAAUUUUCCAAUUUUAUUGAAUGUCGAUUAAUCUCAAAAACUAUUAAUUCUAGGAAGAAAUAUCAAAAAAACUUUUUUGUCGAACAUUUAAUCCCCCAUCAAAAAGUCCUUUAUCGUGUUUUCGUUAGACCAAUAGUUUUCGAGAUAAAUCGCUCGUUACAAAAAAUUAUCUCGACUUAUCUCACUUCACUAUUUCUCUACAGAAUUGCAUAAAUUUUGGAAAACGAAGAACACAUAGGAUUUAUAAAAAAUGCAAAAAUUCUCGAAUAUCUUCAAUCAUCAAAUGAAUAUAAUUCGUCAAAUCGACAUAUCGAAAGUGAAUUACGCUUGAGUCUAUCCCAUUUACAGUUCUUUCCCCUUAUAACCAUUGAUGUAACAAUUUUUUUUUUCGAUUAUUCUGUUAAGUCCGAGCAUUUAAAGACAGUAAGACUGACUGGAAAACCAAAGACCAAAAGAUUAAUAUUAUAACGUGCGCAUGAUUGAAGCACAAAUGAAAAAAUGCUCAUUGAAAUUGAACAACAAUCUCAAUUCUCUGGCUCAAGAUUAUUGUCGAUAGUAUUAUCAAGGAAGAUGGACAAUGGAAUGAAUGCAGUGAGCAUUUCAGUCAUCGAAUUUGAUUUAUCAAUUUUAGUUCAUUGGAUUUAACCGCUUUCAUUCGUCGAGCAAUCACACUACUAGAUAAUUCCAUAACUCCACUAUCACCAAUCUGGCUAAGAUUCCUCGCAAGCCCACGAAAAGACGAUUCAAUUAAAACUAUCCAACAAUCAAAGAGCAGUAACACCAAUUGAGAGUAUGCCUAUUCCUGCAUGUGCCUGCACACUGGAAAAAAUCAUUAAUUAACCGUUUAUUAUGCAGUGUUAGAAAAAAAAUGAAAUUUCACGAGGAACUCCCUUUCUCCGGGGGAGCAACACAAAAUGGAAAACGGAGGAAGAAAAUUAUGAAUUUUUUCAUCAUAAAUCCAAUAAGAUUGCAAAAACUAUAUUCAAUUUUCGAUGGAAAUAUGAAAAUUCAGCGCCAAAUAAAACUGAAUUUUCCUCAUUUUUAUCGAUUUUCAAAAGAACGAUCGAACAAAAGUUUACAGUUUCGAUUAAAAUCUGAAUUUUCACGUUGGAAAAUCCUCGACAUGUCAGUGAACUAUAAUGCAAUUAAAAUUUUCAGCAGUGUACGUCUUCAUCACUUAAUAUUACUCUUUCAAUAUGUGUUUGCCUAUCUUGUGUUUUUAUUGUUGAAUCGUGAAACUAAGAAAAAUGUAUAUUGUAAGAUUUAUGAAUGGAAAGUCAAUGGAAAAUAUUAAAACAAAAUGUAUAUUAUUGAACUAUGGCAAAUAAAUCAAUCGGAAAAUAAAUUUGAUCCACUAAUCAGCUUUUCCUCAACUCCUCAAAUAAAAUAAAAUAAAGGAAAGUGUGCA